GCACGCAGAGAAUUCAUCUGCGGCAGACUGACGCACACUCCUAAAAUAAUAACCCAUGCAAAUAAGAGCACACGGCCCACUGCGAUGUCCAGAAGGCAUCAGUGCGCGUAAUCACGCCGCGCCGGUUGGAAGGAGUGUUAAGGUGAGGGUGUGUUAGAGACCAAGUGUUUUGGUAAACCUACUUCGCUACUUCGAUGAGCAGCAAACGAGAGAAGGGCCUGGUACACAGUGCGCCCAUCGGACUAUGCCUUCCCCAAUUUGGGAGGGAAGCAAAGGGGAGACCGGACAAACAGAGGACGGAGCAUCGAGGAGCGACGACAGGGAGAGAGGGACAGGCGGCCGUCUCGUGUGCGCUCUGGAGAUGGAGAUGACAAACCGCAGCUUGCACGGCGACUCCAAAGUGGACUGCGUGAACUGCGAUGGCUUGAUCAAUCGAAACAGCGGGGACUCGGCAGAAGUAUCCGUACCGCUGUCACUUCCCGGGAAGCGGACAACUCUUAUGGAGGGAGACAACCUCCACAGACUGCGAGACAGAAAAGUUUUAUUAGAGGAUAAAAGGCGCCUUUGCGCAUUGGCUUUGGGCACCGCUCUCCUCGGGAUCCUGCUUAUGAUAAUCCACGCCGAGAUAUGUCCCUUCGUUUAUAAACCGGGCUCAAACAUCGCCUUAAUCAUCAACUGUUCCAUCAGCCUGUCCACUGGGUGUCUCCUCAUCCUCAUUAUAGCUUUCCAUUAUAAGGACAUCAGGCUGUUUGUCAAUGACCACAACCAGGUGGACUGGCGUAUUGCCAUGACCAGCCACAGGGUCCUUGUGAUCACUCUGGAGCUGUUGGUCUGUUCUAUCCAUCCUGUUGGCACAUACUGGAAAGUGGGCCUCCACACCAACUCGUCUUCCACAGCUCCACUCUGUGUUUCCAACCAUCACAACCAGGCCCUGCUGGACAUAGAGCUGCUGUUGUCAGUGCUGAUGUUCCUCCGUUUGUACUUGGUGCACAGAGCCAUCCUGCUGCACAGCAAAGUGCUGCUGAGUGCCUCCUACAGGAGCAUCGGCUCACUUAACAACAUCAACUUCACCUUCCGCUUUGUUCUCAAGGUACUGAUGAACAAACACCCGGCACGCACGCUGCUGGUCUUCAUUGUCUUCUUCUGGCUCACUGCGUCCUGGAUGCUUACUCUGUGUGAGAGGCAGACCCAAGCAUCAACAGGCCAGAUGGACACAGCUCUGUGGCUCAUAGCCAUCACCUUCCUCACGGUGGGCUAUGGGGAUGUGGCGCCCACCACCAGCUGUGGCAAGGCGGUCUGUCUCUUCACUGGAGUCAUGGGUGUAGCCUGCACUGCCAUGCUGGUGGCAGUUGUUACCAAGAAGCUGGCAUUGAACAAGGGAGAGAAACAUGUGCACUUCUUCAUGCUGGACAUCCAGAUCUCUAAAAGGAUCCGCCACGCUGCUGCUAAUGUGCUGAGGGAAUGCUGGCUUCUGCAUCGCACAAACGUGACAAAGGGCAACCGCGGUGAGCACAGAAGACACCAGAGAUGCCUUCUGGAAGCCAUCAGAGUAUUUCGGCAUUUACGCCUCAAACAAAGACAGCUGAGAGAUUACGUAAGUGAGAUGGUGGACCUCCCAAAGAUGCAGAUGAUCAUGUGCGACCUGAGCGCCAACUGGAACAACUCCUAUCGGGAGCUGGAGCAGCGUAUCCUCACCAUGGAGCAAAAGCUAGACGAACUGAGUCGCUGCUUCCAACAAACCUCUGAGCUGCUGUCUCAGGUCCUACGUCACCGCAACCCAGAGAUCAGGUGACAUGGCUCUAUGCAUGUGUUAAGAAUGGAGACAGUUAACUGCCUUCAGUGUUUUCAUGUACAACAUCCAUGAAAAUGAGACGGUAAAUCCUCCCCGCCCAGAGCUGCUCCAGACUCUUAACAUGCUGAACCACUUGGAGGACUGGCAUGCCUACUAAAGAUCUCAUCUUCUGGCCCUGUGCUGAGUGCACUGCACAGUGACUCAUAGCUGUAAAAUUAUACAGAUAAAAUAAGACUUCUAUUCACUGUGGAAGAAGAAUCACUGUGCAUUUCAAGAAAUCUGUUGUGAUUUCAGAAGUUGGGUUUGUGACAAUGAAAGAACUGAUCUAAUCUAAUCUAAUCUCAAAAAAGGUCUGUGGAGAUGCUUGUAAUCCAAACUGUCAAAGGCUCCAGGAUUGCUCUCGUAACUGCUAAAUGUAAGGUUUCAUUGAUGGACUCCAUCACUUCCUUAUUCCUGUGGAAUAAGAUAUAUGUUUUUUACAUACUAAUUUUAUUUUAAAUCUGCAAUGUUUUAACCAUGUUUGUCUAAUCAGUUUUAUACAAGCCUCUUGCAAAUUCUCUUUUUCAUUAGCAGGCAGUUUAAUGGUUACCGAGCUGAUUGUUUGUUUUUUUGCAAAAUCUUAUUGUAUAUAAAACUCUGACUCUAGCAGUUUUCCUCUUUGUUCUGCUUUCCUCCAACCCGCCGAGUUCAUUGUGAAUGAAAUGAUAAGUUUUGAUGCUCCACCAACAGAGGCAACUAAAUUUCAGUUCAAGUAUAACGUUUAUUUCCAACUCUAAGUCCGUGGGAUCUUGGAACAGAUGUCAGCUGGAACUCGCAGAUUAAUGUCUACAUUUAAGGUCGUAAUCAUCUGAUGCAGGAAAAGCAUCUAACAGUUUACACCUGUUCUCAGAACAAUAAAACUUGAGUGUAAGUUGCCUUGUAAGCUCAAUUUUUAGCAACCCGACAGCUCCAUCUAGUGGACAUGAAUUAAGUAAACUAAUAUUGAGGACAGUUAACAUAAGUCAGAAAGUUUAUAUAACAACCAUAAAAAAGGUGAUAAAAGCAAUUUUCAACCUGAAUGUCAAUGUCUCACAGGAGCAUGACAUUUGUAGUAGUGAAGGCUGUAGUGAAAACAAAUCUGAUAAAUAAAACAUGAGAGGACUCAGAAAUCCCCCCAAAACAAACCUCACUGUUAAAAAUGCACUUUGUGAGAAAAACCACCAAAACUGGACUAUCUCUUUCUCUGGAGGAUAAACUGGAGUUUUCAUUGUUUUAACUUAAUCCAAAUACUGAAAAAAAAAAAAAAAGUUCCUGGG